CUCUCUCGUCCGGCCGUGUAAAUUUCCCGCCAAAAUGAGGAAAGACGGUUUUUGGAGUUGCUGAUAAACUAUUUAUUCUCAAGGAAAAUUAUUCAUGCUUCAAUUAUUGAAGUUGUAAGAAGUCAACAUGAAGUUCAGGUGCAAAAUGACUGACAGCCUUGCUAUGAGGGAUUUCACGAAUAUUAUCGGUGCAAUAGCGAAAAUGUCAAAAUUCUGCGUUCUUCAACUCACCCCGACCGACGUCUGUUUCACAGUUUUCGAUGAGAGACAACCAGUCGUGUGGGCAGAACUAUCUAGAGAUCAUUUUUUCAGUGAGUACCUGGUGGAAGGCAUAUCCUCAGAGAAUAAGAUUUACCUGGAGUUCGAUGCUGUCAUGCUGUCGAAAUCGAUGACCUCCCUGAAGCAAACUGCCACGAGUGUGAAGAUCAAGUUGACAAAUAAGCAACAGCCGUGUUUAACGCUGGAGAUUGAGUUACCCUCAGCAAGUUCUGAUUCCUGGCAGUGUGUCCAUGAUGUCCCCAUCAAGAUGGUGGCAAGAAAAGAAUGGCCUAGUUAUAAUCCACCAGAUAUACCCACUUUUCACAUAUCAUUAGCUCUCCCUCAAUUGAAGCACCUGAAGAACGUAGCAGAGAAGAUGAAGAACUUGAGCCCUAUGCUGUCGUUGUACGCCAGUAAUGAUGGGAUGUUGAUUCUAAAAAUCGAGACAGAGUCUGCAUGUGUUUCCACCCACUUCCCUGGUCUCUACGUUUACAAUGAGAUUGAGAUAGAGGAGGAAAGGAUCUCAGUGACCGUUGAUGUGAAAAAAUUCAUAAUGUUCCUCGCGUGGGAAUCUGUUCAUCCAGAAACCGUGAAGUGCAGUAUUCGUCAAGAUACACUGGUGUAUCUACACUUGAAUCUCAAUGAUAAUUUCAAGAUUCACUAUUUUUUACCCGCUACUGUAUUAUAAACUGUGCAUCCUCACAGAUAGAUAUUUAAGACUUAUUUAUAAUUUUGUAAAGAAAAAUUUUCAAUAUGGAAUUGUCUCAAUGUAAAAGGAUA